AUGGAUCUAUACAAGUUGUCAUUUUUAUUGGUUAUUCUUUGUGUUGGGUUAGUACAGUCCCAACGAAAUUCGACUUUAGUCAGAGAUUGCUCCAAUCGAUGCACGUGGCGUGCUCGAUGCUCGCCCUACUACAAGUCUUUGGUGUGGACCAUUGUGAAUGGGGUGUGUCGUGUCUAUCAAAACGGUUGCAUAUUCGGCUCAGAGAAUUGUAUGAGAGUCAAUCAGUGUCUGGAACCCAUGGUCGCUGUUGAUCGGUGUAGUAGUCAGUGUGCAGCUGUCACAUGCCCAACCACAGGACCACAGGUCUGUGGUUGGUUUCCCUAUGUCGAUGCCAAUGGCAAUAAUAAAGAGCGCCAAUUGACAUUUACGAAUCGCUGUCUAUUAAAUGUCUAUUCGUGUCUUAGCGGCGAAGCUUACGUGGGUGAACCAACUCAAGGACCUUGUCAAUAACUAAUUAAUUUGUGUAAAAAUCAAAAAUAAAGCGUUCUUGAUAGUCCAUUGUAUUUUUA